AGAAGGAGGAGGAGGCCGCUGCUGCCAAGAAGUAAAGAGAUGGUAUCGACUCCAUCUUUUGCCUCUCUUCGCUGCUUGUUCGUGUCUCUUCUGGCGCUCUUUCCGCUCGCGUACGAGCAGCUACUACGAUGCGAUGACCAAAGGAAAGGGGCUGCUUCGGAUGUGCUGAGCGGUCUUGGAAGAUUGGGCAUCGACGAACACAUCGCUUCUGCUCGUCUUCUUUCCCAAUUUUCCCUUUUCUUGUACUCAUACUGUCCCUUCUUCGACCUCCGUGGCCGUUGAUCCUUCAUUCAGCACACUCUACCACACAUUCUCAAAGCCACCAGUGUAACCGAUCUGACAAUCUGAGCCCUGUCAUCUGAGCUUCACACGCGAAUGGUGUGCGCCAUUCGAGAUGGGGCGGACGGCCGUCAAUGCCGCCAGUGCCGGUCCGGUGCACUGACACUCUCACACGCUGCGUCCCCUUUCCGUGUUGGACCAACGUUACCCCUACCAUACCACUUGUUCCCAAUUCCAAUUCCCCUUCGGCCAUCAUGGGCAUGUCCACCACUGCUGCUACCGCUCCUCGUCAGACCAUCACCGUCAUUGACAAUCGUACAGGCAAGUCCUACGAAUUCCCCAUCACCCGGAAUUCCGUCAAGGCAGUUGAUUUCAAGAAGGUCUCGUCCCAGCGCAGGCCCACCUUUGGCGCUGAGCAUGCCGACAGGGAAGAGGAUGAGACCGAGGGAGGACUCAGGGUGCACGACCCAGGAUUUAUGAAUACGACUGUUAUCGAAUCUCGUAUCACAUACAUCAAUGGUACAGACGGAGUGCUGAGGUACAGGGGUUACCCCAUCGAGCAGCUGGCAGAGUCUAGCAACCACCUCGAAUCGUCCUACCUGCUCAUCUAUGGCCAGCUGCCCACCAAGGAGCAGUACCGACUGUGGGAGGAUGAGAUCCUCCACCACUCCUAUGUCCAUGAGGACAUGACUCAGCUCAUCCGCGCUCACCGGUACGACUCGCAUCCCAUGCUCAUUCUCUCCAGUGGCUUUGCCUCGCUCGGGGCUUUUGCGCCCGAGGCCAACCCUUCGCUUCAGGGUCAGAAGCUGUACACAAAGGGAGACGCUUCGCUGGCCAUCAUGGACAAGCAAAUCUACCGCAUCAUGGGGAAGGCUAUCACGCUAGCCGCCAUGAGCUACCGUGUGCGACAGGGAAGGCCUUUCAAUCGACCACCGGUGGGCUUGUCUUACGCUGGGACGUUCCUGUACCUGCUUGAUACGCUGAACGAGCGGGAGUACCGCCCCAAUCCAGUCUUUGAGAAGGCGCUCGACGUACUCUUCCUCCUCCACGCCGACCACGAGUUGAACGCCUCGUGCGCUACUGGCCUGCAAGUAGGAUCCACUCUUGCCGACCCCUACUCGGUAGUGUCUGCCGCCUGUGCAGCUCUUAGUGGUCCCCUACAUGGGGGAGCCAACCAGAGCGUGGUAGAGAUGCUGGGCCGCAUCGGCUCCCCUGAUAAGGUGCCCGAAUUCCUAGAAAAAGUCAAACGCAAGGAGGAGGUCCUCUCCGGAUUCGGCCACAGAGUGUACAAGACCACUGACCCACGAUCAAAGGUCAUUCGCAAGAUCGCAGACGACGUCUUCAAGAUUACCGGUCGCAGUCCGCUCCUUGACACGGCGCUGGCCCUCAAUGAUGCGGCGAACAAGGACGACUACUUCGUCUCCCGCAAGCUCGGUGCCAAUGUGGACUAUUGGUCCGGCCUGAUUUACACGCAGAUCGGCUUCCCCACGGACAUGUUCACAGUCAUCUUUGCCGUCGCCCGCGUUGCCGGCUGGCUAGCCCACUGGCGUCAGAUGAUGCUCCAGCAAAAGGUCACCAUCUGGCGUCCCCGACAAAUCUACGUUGGAGAGGGCGAGAGGGACUACGUGUCCAUUGAAAAGAGGGCUUCGGCGGCGGAAGGAGAAGGGGAGAGGAGCAAUGCGCCCGUGCCGGUGCACCAUGGUGGUGAUUCGAGGAGAAGGGCGCUUGCCAGCUAUGUCGAUGAGAAGGGAAGACAGUUCGUAGGAGGCAGUAAAUUAUGAGCUAGCAGCUGUCGUAGACGAAGAAGGAUAUCGAAAAUGCG